UCGAUUGGGAUAGGAAAGCUGGAGAGUCUUCAGAAGCUGUAUCUUAGUUUUAACAAGCUAGAGACAUUACCCAUUUGGGUAACAAAACUGAAGAGUCUGCAAGGGUUGUAUGUCGGUCAUAACAGACUAGAAUCACUACCAGUUGAUAUAGGAAACCUAAAAAAACUGCAACAGUUGAAUCUCAGUUAUAACAAUCUAGGGUGGUUGCCAAUUGAAAUAGGAGAAUUGAAGGAUCUACAGCAUCUGGUUCUCAGCAGUAAUCAGAUAGAGGUAUUGCCGGUUGAAAUAGGAGAAUUGGAGAGUUUACAGGGACUUGACCUCAGUCAUAACAAGCUGAAGUCAUUGCCGGAUGAGGUAAGAAGGUUGUCUAGUUCUUUACAGUUGCUGGAUUUAAUGGGCAAUAGCAUUUUAGAGGAUGGAGACGGGAAAAAAACCUUGGGCAAGAUGGAGUUGAGAGCCAUGUUUGAAGACGGUGUUAUGCUUGACAGCGAUAUUGUUGAAGCUGAGAGCGAGGUUUCUGCAGAGGAAGCAUAUAGAGCAUUUGUGGGUCAGUCUGCUGGAGCUUUGGGUGGUUGA